GUUAGACAUAAGGCUACUUGAAGCAUUCCUUCGGUUGCAUGUGAUAUUUUCUUUCCGGCGAGUGUAGGUUUUGUGACCCUGCGGGUCGUGAUACGAGCGGUGACAUGUGAUUGUGAGGUGCGGGACAGAGACCUCUCACAGAGGCUGGAACAGGAAGACCGCAGGAGUUUGGCAACGCAGUCCUUCAUGAGCAAUUUCAAAUGAAAUGCAGACUUUUCGAUCACUUGCACCACAGUGAUGACUUGCUCUGAAAUUGAUGAUUUUAAAUACUCCUAUGUUUCUCUGAUGUGACUGUUUAAGAAUUAAAGCAACGAACUGAAUUAUCUAAUAACUGGCACAAUUGACACUGUUAAGGCAAAGGGAACACUUCGAAUAUGGCAAGGAAGCUAGACUUGACAAAACUAACAGAAGACGAAGCCCAACAUGUCUUACAUGUUGUUCAACGAGAUCUGAAUCUACGCAAGACAGAAGAAGACAGACUUGGAGAAUUAAGGACGAAGGUUGAGGAAGAAACGACUAAGAGGAAGUUUCUUACAAAGCAAGCCAAGUUUAACGAAGGUCAUUGCAUUCACUGCCUGGAACCCUUUCAGUUCCUGGUGAACAGCAAGCGUCAGUGUCUGGAUUGCAGUCUGUACACCUGCAAAAGCUGUAGCAAAUUCAACAAAAAGGAGCUUGGCUGGGUGUGCGAUUCCUGCCGAAUUGCCAGGAUUGUAAAUACUGGGUCACUCGAUUGGUUUUACAACCAUGUGAGGUCUCGUUUCAAAAGUUUUGGAAGUGCAAAGGUGAUGCAGUCUUUAUGCAGAAGACUUCAGUCUGGAGAAAAGCACUCCCUACGAAACUUAGACACACGCUGUGAACGAGAUGGAUUUGACAAUGUAUUCGAUGCUUUCUUGCAUGGUGAACACAAUACUCAGAUGAUGGCGGAAGUAAUUGAAGAGGAUGAAAAUGCAAUAGAUAAUGAAGAGGCUCACCGCUAUAGUGUAUUACGCAGAAACAAACGUCUGCUUUCGGUGCAUCCUACUGACUUUGAUGUGGACUCGGAAUAUUCUGCACAGUCUCGCCGCCAGUCUCUUCAGCUUCCUUCACCACAUUAUGAUGGAAGCGGGUUACAGUCAUUUUUGGAGUGCCCUUUCACUGACAACAGUACAGCAGAAGAGGGUUCCAGGCAAGGGUCUUAUGUUGGGGAAGCUGAGCUAACCUCAGUAUUCCGGAAUAUCCUGCAGGAGAAGGGACAGAAGUUGAUGCCAGACUCUGUGCUUAGCACUGAAGUCCGAUUGGAGAUCAACAAAAGAAGGAAAAGCUUGGACAAAUCUUCCAAAUCUGAUGAGGUGGUGCAUCAUGAGUACAGACUUCCCCGCACACGCUCAGUUCCUGGGAUCUGGACCUCCCUUCGAGAAGCAGAGGCUCAGCAUUCAAUUCCUUAUCACAAGCAUGGUGCCCAGUACUACGCUGACAUGGAUAGCUCUGACAAUGACGAAGCUCCUGAACUUCCAGUGUAUCAGCGCCACUUUGUACGACGCAGGAGUAGGAGCUCGUCACAGGAACAUCAAGUCUCUGGAGGAAGUCAGAUUUCAGAUUUGUCCAGGCGCAUGUCUUCUAUUGAGCGAAUGCUAAGCAGACUGGAAGAGAAGAUGACUGCUUGUUCUGUAGAGUCAUCAGCCAACACUGGUGGGGCUCCAGCAUCAUCCCUGGUUGACUCAGAAGCAUCGGGUCUUGAUUUGACAGAUGCGGAUGUAGAAGAAGAAAAACUAAAGAAGAUAUUGGGUGAGUUAGCCAGCAAUAUCAGUGACAAAGCUCCUUCAUCUGAAGAGGAAGAGGUAAAAAGGAAAACAGAAAGACCACAAGAAUUAACUUCGCCUGGUGAAGACCCACACACUGAGGCUCUAAAGCGCUCAUCAGCAGUGGAUCUUUGUGACAUCACAACGAAAACGUUAAGGAUCAUUAACGCAGCUGAAAAAGCAUUGCAUGACUUUGCAGAAGUAGAUGGUGCAGUUAACGAACCUCACAGAAAUCUCAGUUUGUACCUAAAGGCCAGUGAAAAAGACCUAAGUGUGAGCGCAGCUGAUGAAGCAUACAGAAAACUUGAGGAAAAUGUUUCUGACAUAGAAAACUGGAUUGCGGCUCUGAGUACUACUGGAAUGAAUGUUUCAACUGAGGAUAAGCCCAAAAGGAAGCAAGAUGGACAGGCAAUGAUGAUGCAACAGCCUCCGCGUCAAAAAAGUUCAAUUCCAACUGGAAAUAAGGAAUCAAAAAGUAGCAAGAGUGAAUCUUUUGAACGAAACAUACUAAACAGAGGAUCACUCACCCAACGGAAUCCGACUAACAAAAGCAGAAGAUUGGACCGUGUUUUUGGGAAACCAGUCAUGACCAAGCAACCUUAAAGAGAAAAGCCAUCAAAAUGACCUGUGUGCUGGAGCAUCAGAAAAGCAUGAGUCCCUGAAUCAGAAUACAGAUCUACAUUUCCAAGAGCAAUCAGCUUGUUAAAUGAUACAUAAUGCAAGCAGCUUGUGUGUUAUAUGUUUAUUUUAUGCAGAGUUAUGUACAAUUGUUAUUGUGAGUAAUGGAUAUUCCUUGCAUUGAAAUGUAUGCAAGUGCAUUCUGCCAUAUUGCAUCAGCUCUAAUGCCCUUUACAAUUAUGAUGUUUUGAUACACUGAUGCUUUGCAUACUACUACAUUUUCAUGCUUAUUUUGUGACAAUUUUAUGUGGCAAGUGAAGAUCGGAUGCUAAAAUUUGAGAGGUAAAUGGUCUCAGUGGAUAUGAUGGUUGAGACAUAAUGAUAAUAUUGCAGUAGACCAGUUAGCUGAAUAUCUGUUUCAGGGAAUUACUUGAAUCGAGGAGCAAAAAUUAAUCAACGCCUAUUGUUGGGCAUGGGGCUAGACAUUUCUUUUCUCUCUGUGUCAGAUCCUGUAGGCAGCACACAAACUUUGUGCCAUCUGUUCAUUUACCAGAUUGUAGGGUUGAGCUGUGUGGUACCCACACUGCUGGCUGUCUAAAUGCUCAACAGGGCAUCAACCAGGAUAUGGGGAAAGCAUGUGCAGCGCAUAGCCUCAGCUCCUAAAGGCAGUUGUCCCUUUCUCCAACUGAAUAAAAGGCAAAUAAUGGGAGAUUUUCGCUAUGAUACCUGCUUCCUCUUGGAAUGAUUCAGUUAUAUAAGAGGUUGAAUACAGCAGUGACCUUUACAGCACUGGCAGAGCAAUUUUCUCUCUGGCCUAUGCUCGCAGAUCAGCUUCAAGGAGGUAAAGGUUCUUGACCAUCUUCUUGUUGCAUCAAAGUCACCACAAGCAUUGCUGCUUGACAGGAAAAGUGUCCUCAGAAAAUCUGUGGUGGGAAGGAGCCCCUGUAUGGACAUCUCUUCCCAAUGUUCAGAGUUUCCCCAGUCCACAGCCUUUACAUGUUGGUUAUAUUGCAGAUUGAGAUGGAACUACAGUCUCUAUACCUCAUGCAAAUGCAAGGCAGAAUUUAAUUCAGACCAUUGUUGCACAUGAUGCAGCACUAAGGCCGACUAAGCCGUUGGGAGGGAACCCUUCCAUGGUUGCGUCCAAAGUGAGAGGAGGCCAAUGUGCACCUGAUUGUGGCAGGAUGCCAGUUAGGCUCACUAAAGAGCUACUGGACACCAACAAUCACUGAGGCAACCAAAAUUCAGUGGUGGCUCAGUGAUUUAAUGGGAAUCGCAAGGAUCUACCAUGCCUCCCUAGAGCCACCCAGCCCAAACCCUGUUGCAUCUGGCAGCAGCUCCUCAUGAUAGGAUAUAUUCCCGCACCCAUUCCCCCAACCCACCAGUGACUGAUUUGCUGCAACUGCCAUUUUGCCCCUCCCUCACUUGAGAUUAGGGACCCAAUAAUGACAACCUGGUUUAGUUCUUAGAGCAUUAUUGUGUGUUCCUGACCAACCUCUCAUUUCGUGUGAGCUCUCAGGGGUGGAACUGCUGCCCCGGGAGCCCUGAAUUGCAGAGGUAGCACUUUGCUGGCUGAAUUUCAUCAGGUCUUCUCUGCAGAAUUAGUGGCAGUCUCCAAUCAGUACUUUUAAAAGGGCAAAAUACACUUCACCCACAGAAGAUCCAGUCCUCAGUUUAUAUAGGUAUGCAACUCUUCUAAUGUCCCUUAAUAGAUUCACUACCUCACCAAAAGACCUCCAGGGAAAAACCACAACACUUCCACAAUCUUUACCAGAUUGAGAUAAAUUAAAAGCAUUUAACCUGCAAGUUGGAGCACUGGCCCAUUGAAUAGCAUUUCCAGAGAAGAGUAUGACUUUUGUACAUCUGCACCCAUGUUCAUUACAGAGUGACUAACAUAUGCUUUCUCUGGACUGGCACAAUGAAAUUUUCAGAGACAGUUGAUGUCACAAUCUGAUUACAUCACACACCAUACCCAAUCCAGUGCCUAUCCAGCAUAGAAAGUGGACCAUGGACCAUGACUGAAGCACCAUGACAAAAUAGGGCCUAAUUUCAUUGCAUACAAUAAAGGAUAAAGAGACAGAAUACCUUGAAAUAGUCAGCUGAUUAGAGACAGCCAAAGCAGAUCAGUUAUUGGCAGGCUAUACCUAAUGCAAGGCGCUGUUGCUCUAGAGUAGUGAUAGUGUUACUACCUCUAAGCCAAGAGCCCUGGCUUCUUCUUCUACCUGCACCAGAAGGGUGUAGUAACAUCUCUAUACAGAUUCAUUAGAAAGUAUCGAUAGCUGAUGAAAAUAAUCCAGUAUUUUGUGUGGAGAAAUGAUUAUCUAUGGAUAUUAUGACUUCCAAAGAAAGGUAUUUCAUUAAAAACCCUCAUUAGGGGCACUUAGCUAAACUUAAACCUCAUGGAACCAAAGAGAGUUUUCUUGACUUGGAUGGGAAAUUGGUUAAGCAGAAUAAAUCAGAGUGUAUGGAUUAUGGGUAGAUAGUAUAAAUUUACAACAUUGACCAGUUUUUUUCCAGCACCAAAUCACCUGUAGUAUUUUGGCAACACCUGAUACUUGUACACCUGUGGUAUUUUUUCAUGUGGUAUUUUGUUGCCUAUUAACAAUCACCAGUAAAUCACCCAUGAUUUCCAAUUGAUUAAUUUAGGUGCUAAACCCAUUAAAGGCAAUGCAGGUCAUAAAGGUGAGGGAGGGGACUAAAUCAAAAUGGAGUCAGAAGGGGUACAAAGUAAUUACUUUUUUUUAUAUCAACCUGUUCAAGUUUGUUUUAUACACUUCUAACCCUGGGUCUCCUGGCUCGGAAGUAGGAAUGCUACCAUGAGCACUUACAAAGAGUUUUUUUUCCCUUUUUUAUCAUACCCAGAAAUGUUAUUACAUACAACUGAACAACUUUCCCAUCACCAAAAUCACUGUGUCUUUGCUUUUAUGUAAAUUACUAACCACCACCAGUAAUCACUCAUGUAGCCAAUUAAAUACUGACUAGCAAAGUUUAUUUUGUGGAUGAUGCAAACCACCCAAAAUGAGGGCAGGUAAGAGGAGAGGGAGAG